AUGCAGACCACCAGGGAAACCCACAGCAGCGCCACCGCGGCUGUGAGCUCCUCGACACCUUUAUCUUCCACAAGUGGACACCCUCUUACAGAAGGCGCUUCCCGGGAGACAUCCCCCUCAGGCGAACCAACCUCUUCAUCCACGUCCAGACCCACCCCCACCACACCUGCAACAACAUCAGCCGUGUCGACAGCACCUGCUUCUGCAGGGGACAGCAGCAUCUUCUCAGGUCCACCAGACUCAGAGCAUGCAGACCACCAGGGAAACCCACAGCAGCGCCACCGCGGCUGUGAGCUCCUCGACACCUUUAUCUUCCACAAGUGGACACCCUCUUACAGAAGGCGCUUCCCGGGAGACAUCCCCCUCAGGGGAACCAACCUCUUCAUCCACGUCCAGACCACCCCCACCACACCUGCAACAACAUCAGCCGUGUCGACAGCACCUGCUUCUGCAGGUGGCACUUCCCCCACUUCCAGCCUAAGCAACACACCUCCCACAACUUCAGGGAUGAUCACAUCCCCAAUUGCAACCGACACCACUGUGGGAGGCCCAGGGGACACGUCCCCACCCGGCACAAGAACCAUCACUCCAGGCACCUCAUCAGUCUCAAGGACAACUGCACCAGGGCCCCGGUCAACCUCACCCUCUUCCGCCACCUCUGCUGAGGGGACAGCAGCAUCUUCUCAGGUCCACCAGACUCAGAGCAUGCAGACCACCAGGGAAACCCACAGCAGCGCCACCGCGGCUGUGAGCUCCUCGACACCUUUAUCUUCCACAAGUGGACACCCUCUUACAGAAGGCGCUUCCCGGGAGACAUCCCCCUCAGGCGAACCAACCUCUUCAUCCACGUCCAGACCCACCCCCACCACACCUGCAACAACAUCAGCCGUGUCGACAGCACCUGCUUCUGCAGGUGGCACUUCCCCCACUUCCAGCCUAAGCAACACACCUCCCACAACUUCAGGGAUGAUCACAUCCCCAAUUGAAACCGACACCACUGUGGGAGGCCCAGGGGACACGUCCCCACCCGGCACAAGAACCAUCACUCCAGGCACCUCAUCAGUCUCAAGGACAACUGCACCAGGGCCCCGGUCAACCUCACCCUCUUCCGCCACCUCUGCUGAGGGGACAGCAGCAUCUUCUCAGGUCCACCAGACUCAGAGCAUGCAGACCACCAGGGAAACCCACAGCAGCGCCACCGCGGCUGUGAGCUCCUCGACACCUUUAUCUUCCACAAGUGGACACCCUCUUACAGAAGGCGCUUCCCGGGAGACAUCCCCCUCAGGCGAACCAACCUCUUCAUCCACGUCCAGACCCACCCCCACCACACCUGCAACAACAUCAGCCGUGUCGACAGCACCUGCUUCUGCAGGUGGCACUUCCCCCACUUCCAGCCUAAGCAACACACCUCCAACAACUUCAGGGAUGAUCACAUCCCCAAUUGCAACCAACACCACUGUGGGAGGCCCAGGGGACACGCCCCCACCCGGCACAAGAACCAUCACUCCAGGCACCUCAUCAGUCUCAAGGACAACUGCACCAGGGCCCCGGUCAACCUCACCCUCUUCCGCCACCUCUGCUGAGGGGACAGCAGCAUCUUCUCAGGUCCACCAGACUCAGAGCAUGCAGACCACCAGGGAAACCCACAGCAGCGCCACCGCGGCUGUGAGCUCCUCGACGCCUUUAUCUUCCACAAGUGGACACCCUCUUACAGAAGGCGCUUCCCGGGAGACAUCCCCCUCAGGCGAACCAACCUCUUCAUCCACGUCCAGACCCACCCCCACCACACCUGCAACAACAUCAGCCGUGUCGACAGCACCUGCUUCUGCAGGUGGCACUUCCCCCACUUCCAGCCUAAGCAACACACCUCCCACAACUUCAGGGAUGAUCACAUCCCCAAUUGCAACCGACACCACUGUGGGAGGCCCAGGGGACACGUCCCCACCCGGCACAAGAACCAUCACUCCAGGCACCUCAUCAGUCUCAAGGACAACUGCACCAGGGCCCCGGUCAACCUCACCCUCUUCCGCCACCUCUGCUGAGGGGACAGCAGCAUCUUCUCAGGUCCACCAGACUCAGAGCAUGCAGACCACCAGGGAAACCCACAGCAGUGCCACCGCGGCUGUGAGCUCCUCGACACCUUUAUCUUCCACAAGUGGACACCCUCUUACAGAAGGCGCUUCCCGGGAGACAUCCCCCUCAGGGGAACCAACCUCUUCAUCCACGUCCAGACCCACCCCCACCACACCUGCAACAACAUCAGCCGUGUCGACAGCACCUGCUUCUGCAGGUGGCACUUCCCCCACUUCCAGCCUAAGCAACACACCUCCAACAACUUCAGGGAUGAUCACAUCCCCAAUUGCAACCGACACCACUGUGGGAGGCCCAGGGGACACGUCCCCACCCGGCACAAGAACCAUCACUCCAGGCACCUCAUCAGUCUCAAGGACAACUGGACCAGGGCCCCGGUCAACCUCACCCUCUUCCGCCACCUCUGCUGAGGGGACAGCAGCAUCUUCUCAGGUCCACCAGACUCAGAGCAUGCAGACCACCAGGGAAACCCACAGCAGCGCCACCGCGGCUGUGAGCUCCUCGACACCUUUAUCUUCCACAAGUGGACACCCUCUUACAGAAGGCGCUUCCCGGGAGACAUCCCCCUCAGGCGAACCAACCUCUUCAUCCACGUCCAGACCCACCCCCACCACACCUGCAACAACAUCAGCCGUGUCGACAGCACCUGCUUCUGCAGGUGGCACUUCCCCCACUUCCAGCCUAAGCAACACACCUCCCACAACUUCAGGGAUGAUCACAUCCCCAAUUGCAACCGACACCACUGUGGGAGGCCCAGGGGACACGUCCCCACCCAGCACAAGAACCAUCACUCCAGGCACCUCAUCAGUCUCAAGGACAACUGCACCAGGGCCCCGGUCAACCUCACCCUCUUCCGCCACCUCUGCUGAGGGGACAGCAGCAUCUUCUCAGGUCCACCAGACUCAGAGCAUGCAGACCACCAGGGAAACCCACAGCAGCGCCACCGCGGCUGUGAGCUCCUCGACACCUUUAUCUUCCACAAGUGGACACCCUCUUACAGAAGGCGCUUCCCGGGAGACAUCCCCCUCAGGCGAACCAACCUCUUCAUCCACGUCCAGACCCACCCCCACCACACCUGCAACAACAUCAGCCGUGUCGACAGCACCUGCUUCUGCAGGUGGCACUUCCCCCACUUCCAGCCUAAGCAACACACCUCCAACAACUUCAGGGAUGAUCACAUCCCCAAUUGCAACCAACACCACUGUGGGAGGCCCAGGGGACACGCCCCCACCCGGCACAAGAACCAUCACUCCAGGCACCUCAUCAGUCUCAAGGACAACUGCACCAGGGCCCCGGUCAACCUCACCCUCUUCCGCCACCUCUGCUGAGGGGACAGCAGCAUCUUCUCAGGUCCACCAGACUCAGAGCAUGCAGACCACCAGGGAAACCCACAGCAGCGCCACCGCGGCUGUGAGCUCCUCGACACCUUUAUCUUCCACAAGUGGACACCCUCUUACAGAAGGCGCUUCCCGGGAGACAUCCCCCUCAGGGGAACCAACCUCUUCAUCCACGUCCAGACCCACCCCCACCACACCUGCAACAACAUCAGCCGUGUCGACAGCACCUGCUUCUGCAGGUGGCACUUCCCCCACUUCCAGCCUAAGCAACACACCUCCCACAACUUCAGGGAUGAUCACAUCCCCAAUUGCAACCGACACCACUGUGGGAGGCCCAGGGGACACGUCCCCACCCGGCACAAGAACCAUCACUCCAGGCACCUCAUCAGUCUCAAGGACAACUGCACCAGGGCCCCGGUCAACCUCACCCUCUUCCGCCACCUCUGCUGAGGGGACAGCAGCAUCUUCUCAGGUCCACCAGACUCAGAGCAUGCAGACCACCAGGGAAACCCACAGCAGCGCCACCGCGGCUGUCAGCUCCUCGACACCUUUAUCUUCCACAAAUGGACACCCUCUUACAGAAGGCGCUUCCCGGGAGACAUCCCCCUCAGGCGAACCAACCUCUUCAUCCACGUCCAGACCCACCCCCACCACACCUGCAACAACAUCAGCCGUGUCGACAGCACCUGCUUCUGCAGGUGGCACUUCCCCCACUUCCAGCCUAAGCAACACACCUCCAACAACUUCAGGGAUGAUCACAUCCCCAAUUGCAACCGACACCACUGUGGGAGGCCCAGGGGACACGUCCCCACCCGGCACAAGAACCAUCACUCCAGGCACCUCAUCAGUCUCAAGGACAACUGCACCAGGGCCCCGGUCAACCUCACCCUCUUCCGCCACCUCUGCUGAGGGGACAGCAGCAUCUUCUCAGGUCCACCAGACUCAGAGCAUGCAGACCACCAGGGAAACCCACAGCAGCGCCACCGCGGCUGUGAGCUCCUCGACACCUUUAUCUUCACAAGUGGACACCCUCUUACAGAAGGCGCUUCCCGGGAGACAUCCCCCUCAGGGGAACCAACCUCUUCAUCCACGUCCAGACCCACCCCCACCACACCUGCAACAACAUCAGCCGUGUCGACAGCACCUGCUUCUGCAGGUGGCACUUCCCCCACUUCCAGCCUAA